AUGACGUUGCAUAUGGGAACUCACAUUGAGCAGAUCAUUUUCAUUAUUACUCCAGUGGGAGACCCUCUGGUGGUCCUGGGGAUUCCUUGGCUAACUAGCCAUAAUCCAUACAUCAACUGGAAAACCCGUACUAUUAUGUUUGAGGAUGGUUUCUACCAGGCUCCGAUUGUGGGGCAGUCCAUCACUGUAGCGGCGGGGAGGGCUGAAAUCGUACACCCUCAGCCACCAGAUCUACCCAUGGAAGGGCUGCCAGCCAAAUCCUUUGUCCAGGGCUUCGCAGAGAUUGCUCUCCCCCUGACUGAUUUGUUGCGCCCCAAGGGCAUCAGGGAAAUACGCAAGGGCAACAAGCACAUGGAUGAGGAUAGUUACAUGCGUUAUGCUAAACUUGAGGCAGUGCUUGCACACGGUUACAAGCCAAACAGCGGGGUUGAUGAAUGUGUGCAAAGCACCACCUCAGAAUGCUUUAGUGAAGGAUUUCCAAUGGAUCCGGCCUGGCUCUCCAUUCCCUUCUGCUUUGUCUACACCUUGUCUCUCUUGGGCAACGCCACACUGCUCUGGGUCAUCUGGACAGAGUCCAGCCUGCACCAGCCCAUGUACCUCUUCCUCUCCAUCCUGGCACUAACUGACAUGGCCAUGUCCACCUGUAUCCUUCCCAAGAUGCUGGGCAUCUUCCUCACCAGUGCCCAAGAGAUCACCUUUGCUGCCUGCCUGGUGCAGAUGUUCAUGGUUCACGCCCUCUGUGCUGUGGAAUCAGGGAUGCUCACCACCAUGGCAUAUGACCAAUACAUGGCCAUCUGCUACCCACUCAGCUACACAACCCUGCUGAUGCCAAAGUUUGUGGCCAAGUUUGCAGCAGCCAUUGUUAUCUAGGCCUUUGUAGCCGUCUUGCCUGUCCCUUUGCUUUUGCGGACGCUGACAUUUUGUCACUCCCGACACAUUGCUCAUACUUAUUGUGAGCACAUGGCUCUAGUAAAACUAGCAUGUGGGAACACUACUCCCAACAAUCUCUAUGGGCUGAUCCUUUCCCUGCUCAUUGUCGGCGGAGACCUGACCUUCAUCUUCAUCUCCUAUGGACUGAUCUUACGAGCUGUAUUCCAACUACCUUCAUGGGAGGCUCGUCACAAAGCCCUGGGCACUUGUGGGGCCCAUGUAGGUGUCAUCACCAUUCAGCACACACCUGGUCUCUUCUCUUUCCUCACCCAUCACUUUGGGCACAACAUUCCCCACAGUAUCCAUAUCUUCCUAGCCAACGUUUACUUGCUGGUCCCUCCCAUGCUCAACCCCAUUGUUUAUGGUGCCAAGACCAAGGAGAUCCGUGGGCGGGUGCUGAUGUUUUCCAAAGAG